UGCUAAUGUCAUAAAUAAAAUGGAAGUUAUCUGAUAAAUACUUAGGAAUUUUACUAUUGACAAUGGAGUGUAGAAGACGGAGGGUGUGCAAUUCCCGAAGUUCAUUUAGCCUCAUUAAUGAAAGCAGGUUGAAAUAGGGAGUGACAUGGUCUUAUCGUCUAAGGCCAAUAAUGAAUCUGAUACAGGAAUUCUGCGCUCGCUGAAGUCUGUUAGAAACUUCAUUAGUCAUGUCAUUGAUCACCACAUCACAGUAGCUGAAAUGAGUCAAGAUGAGAGUUUUUACUAACAUGAUUUUCAAGUUCAGUGGAAGGUAUUCUGCAAAAUGUUUUAUGCCAAUAUAUUUAGGGAAUAAGCUACAGUAUUUCUUAUAGUUAAGACUAGACCCAUGACCGUGUGUCCGUGAACGCGAUGAGUAAUUUUUGUCUGAUUUUAAUCAAAUUUGGCUUGAAGGUGUAUGGCAGGAUAGAUUGGAACUUUGAGUUUAUGAUCAAGCAAGAUCACAAGGGGGUCAUGGUUUAGACCUUUUAGGUUUUAAAGUUAAAUUGAAAAUCUUUUCCAAUAAUUGGUUUUUUCUAAUUUUUAUCCUUUCAAAAAUGCUUAAUUUUCAAUCCAACCAUCGUAUAGGCCUACAGCUUAUAAAACAAAUAACUUUGUAGGCCUAUAUAUUGAAACAUUGUUGUGUACCUACUCGUAGCCUACAAUUAAAGUUUAGCCUACGGAGAAAAUGCAAAAAAAAACUGUACAUUUUUAAAAUUCCCUUGUUAUUUUUAUGGAGAAAAAUAAAACUGUUGUAGUUUGGUUGUUUAUGGAAAUAUCUUAAUCAAAUUUGGGGUAGGCCUAUUUAUUUAUUUUAUUGUAGGCCUUAUUGACAUUUAUCAAAAACACUUUUCCCCUUCCCAGUUGCAGCAAGACUCUUUAAAUCUAGGCCUAAUGUUAUUUAAAUGGGUAAUAAAUAUAUCAUUUUCCUGUGACGGGGUAUUUAAAAAGACUAUGAAAACUGCAGCCUUCAACAUGUGCUGGCAUUUUUUAGUGAAUCUACCCAGCAGUUACUGCUGAGUUCCAGGCUGAGCCUAAAUGUAGCCUAUCCUAGACACAACAAAUAUAUAUUUACCUAGCCUACAUAUGGUUAUAUAUAGUUGUGUAGGCCUAACAUUUGAUUUUUUUUGUAUAAAAACCUGAAAAUCUUAAAAAUUGAGAUGGGAAUAAAAAUCAUAACUAGAUUGCCUUGUGUGAGACUUAUGGGAGGCAGUGCUGUUUUUUUAGGUGAGGUGAGGAUGGUGUAUCACAGGUCCACAGAGAGAAGCUCCGGCUCGAGUCACAGACCGGCAAAUGUGUUUGCCAACGAUGGCAGCUUCAUGGAGAUGUUCAAAAAGAUGCAAGAACAGCAAAGCAGUCAGUCUUCAAGUUCCUCUGCCGACUCGGACGGUAACAAACAAAAGGAAUCUUCCUCCUCCACAUCUCUAAAAGUGAAAGAAGGUACUUCUGUAAGUGAUAGCAAAGACACUUCCUCUUCUAGUGAAGGCAAAACAGCCCAGCCAGCAAGCAAGCCGUUAUUUGUGGGGAAAAGACGGGGUGGGCGGUUUUUAGCAACAGGCAAAGUAAAAAAACUCAAAGUGGAAGGGACAGAGGAAGAAGAAGCUCCACCCAAAGACGCUUGGUCACUUUAUUUAGCGGAAGUGAAAAAAUACAAACAGACUACGUGUGAGGAAGAAGGGAAAACGAGGCCUCUUGUAAAAUGAGUUUUAUCAUUAUAAUCUGUUAUCUUGGACUCUUGAAAGACAAUUUUUUCUUGUUUCGCCUUACAAAGGGAGAAUGUAGUACAUUCUUCAGGUUUGACAUCCCUCUUUACGUAGCGUGAAAAGAAAUUUAAUAUUUCAUUGUGGAAUAGUGAUUACAGAUUUAUUGUAGGUAGUACUUCUGUUUUAAACCUGUAUUUUUGUAAGGAAGUAUUAUCAAAGAUAUUGCUUAUUCCAUUUUAAUCAUUUAAUUCCAUGUAAAUAUUUAGGGAACUUGCCAGUAAGUCGUCAUAAGACUAUUAUUUUGAUUUAAUAGUAGUUUUGGUCAUGAUAUUUUGUUGUUUAUUUUAAUGCGAUGGGCUAGGGCUAGUUCAUAUCAAACCUUUUCAUAACAUCACCAGGUGUGAGAGCUGUGUUUUUACUAUAACGAAUCCAAAUUAUGUUUUUAUGUUCUCCCCCCCUAUAUCGAGAAAGUAAUGUUUUUGACAAAAUUUUUGAGUUUGAGUUUUGAGUGGAUAUAUCCAUUUUGGAAUGAGAGUGGAUAUAUCCCCCUGAACCCAAGAAAGUGGUUUUUGAAGUUACAGAGCUACAGACCUUGCCUGUUGUCCGAUAUUGAUGAAAUUUGGUAUGUUGUAGUCAUUUAAAUUAUGAACAAAAUGGUACAGAUUCCAUUUCUGUAAAGUCACGGUUUAAAAGUUAUUUGAUUUUUUCUCCAUUAAAAAUAGGCUUACCAAAUAAUCGGAUUAAAAAAAAAACCGGUUUUGAUUCAAGUUGGUAUGUUAUGGUCAUUUAAAUUCUAAACAAAAAGUAGAAAUAACAUUUCCGUUAAAAUUACAGUUUAAAAGUUAUUUUAAUUUAUGUUAUUUUCCCAUAAAAACUACAUAAAAUAAUACAAAAUCUGAUUUUAGAAAAAAAAACCGGUUUUUAUUACAAUUAUAAUGUGUUAUGGUUCUUAUAAUUAAUCUGGCAUCGUGUUGGAUUAAGCAUCUGUAGGCCACAUGAAUUCCCUUGCAAUACAACUUCUAGAUCCAAAGCUCCAGCUAAUCUCCUCUAAAUUUCAUUAUUGAGGAGCUUUUUGAAAUAUUGUGUUUAUCUAAUUUGCUUUAUUUAUUUGUGAAUGUUUUUUAUUUUGCUGAAAGGUACAAAUUGUAGAGGGUUGGGAUUUUCCUGUGAACAACCCUGAUGCUUGCACUUGUUUCUAUACUCAGUUGAGGUAAGACUUGAGCUAUCUUAUAAUAUUACAUCGUUUACCUGAAAGUUAAUGAUGCUUUGCUGAUAAAAAAAAACUUAUACAUUUCCCCAUUCCCCCAUUCCAUUGUAUAAAUUGGUUGUUUCCCCAUUCCAUUGUAUAAAUUGGUUGGAAGUGCAGGCCUGUAGUAUAGGCUGAUAAUUGACCUGUCUUAUACCAAUACAAUGCAAACACCUAACAAAAUGAGAUCUUAUAAAAGGACACAGAAUAAUGUGUUUCAGCAAAUAUUUAGACUCUUCACAAUGAUUUUUUUGUCUUUUUGUUUAAAAAUGUUCUUUGUGCUUUGGUGGAACAAUUUAAUUUUGUUAUUAGAGCUUGGUACUAUUUGCUACUCUAGUGUAUUCAUAGACGAGGAAAUACCCAAAAAACACCUUGCUGCAGAUUUUGUAAUACAGUUUUCAUUAGGGCUAUGUUAAAACUAUCUGUGUUCUACUGUACAUUUGUUGCCGAAUUAGUGAAAACGGUUGGUUUUCACCAAUUUGGCAACCAAUGUACAGUAGAACACUGCUUAACUAGACUUCACCUAACUGAAUUACAUGAACACUCAGAAACAAAAAUAAAAAUAUCAAUGUAAUAGUUGCAGACCUUGAAGACUGCUGUAGUGGUUAUCCAUGCAUUCCACUAUGUCCAAUGAUAUAGGUCAGUGUCACAACGUUCAAAAUAAAAUUUUUGAGCUGUCUCACCACGUCCAAUAUAAAAUAUUUGACUGUUACACGACGUACAAAUCUCAUUUCCAAAAGUAUAGUAACAUCAAUAAACAUAGUCUUUCUACAAGUUCUGGACGUGAUGAGAUUGGUUGUUGUGAAACAGCACACUUUACACUCUUAAUAGAUAAGCAGUUGCACCACCUCCAAAGCCGCUGCCAGUUGCAUGACGUGCAAUAGCUCAGCGGUGUCCCACAACUUCCAGAGUACCUGCACACUGUGAAAACUGUUUUACUGACUGUAGUGCAUACUCACCUUACCUAACUCUACCUAACCUAGCUCCGUAUGAAGAAGCUCAGGGUCGUGGGUCACGCUGAGCUAUUGCACGUUAUGCAACUGACAGUGGAUUUGGACGUGGUGCUACUGCUAAGUUUUAAAGAGUAUGAAGUCAUGGGAUUGAUGUACAAAGCUUUUUUUGGACAUGCGGAGAUUUGGACUUCGUGCAACAGUCGAAUAGUUUAUAUUAGACAUCUUGAGACGGCUCAAAAAUAGGCCUAAUAUUUUGGACAUCGUGCAAUGCUUCCGUGGUUAUUAACCUUGUUCUUAAAAGUUUAGAUUUGCCAUCCUGACCUGCAAUUAGUAUCAAUCUUCAAAGGAUAGAUUAAAAUACAAUAAAUAAUUCAUUCUCGCUAGAUCUGGUUCUAGUUUGCCCAAGUUACAAAGAAAUAAAAGUUAAAUGCAUUUGUAGAAUUGUGUCAUCUUGUAGUAUACUUUAGAGCACGUCUAGAGUAAGUAAAUAUUUUAAUAUAAUAACAUUAGUAAAAAGCUGAAUUAGUUUUAAAGGAAUUGAGAAAUGUGUGUUAACUAUGCCCCUGUCACAAUAAAAAAAAAGUGUGACAGAGCAGUCCAUAAAUUAAAUCCAGACUUCAUAUUGUUUUGCUUCGUCUGGCACACGCCUACCUUAUAAAGACUACUUUUAAAAUACUUUCUGUCAAAAUUAUACUUAAAUAGUAGUUUACGCAACGAUUGCGUAAAGAUAGUGUUAAAGACACGAGUAGAAAAUUUAAAGCACUCCUUAAAAACUUCUAGUAGUGUCGUUAACACUAUUUACACGAGUUGCGUACACUAAUUUAGGCUACCUAUGACAGUCUUUUAAUUACUAAAAAUCACUACUCAUAACAUCCAAGAGAGGUUAUGUUAUCGUUUAUAACCUCCUCAUUGCCACUUACAGUGAUACAACGAAACAUUGUACCAAACACUAAUUGUACCACUCAACAAUUAAAUUGGCCUGAACAGCUGAUUAGUUGAAGAUCGAAUCAUUACAAAUUUACUUCUUCUUCUCUCUCAAUCCUUGAACCUCAUUGGUCCAUUACCCAUUUUGUUAUAAGUAAAACUAUGCUAUUAUGAAAGUAAACAAUGCUGUAUGUGAAACUUUUCAAUUCUAAGAACUGAACUGAAAGGCUACUUUAAAAAAUGGCCGUAGGUAAAUAAUACUAACCAUUGCGCAUCCUGAAAGUUAACUAGAAAGGUUGAGCCUUCUGCAUUAUUCUGGUUAAGCGGGGUUUUAACUGUAGGCAUACUGUAUUAAUAAAUAGUAGCACUUACCACUGCAUUAAUACAGUUCUCACAUGGCAUUACUUUCAUAAAUGUGUCCAUAAAUGAGUUAUUACUCAUGUGUUGCAUGAUAAAACAAAAAAAAAAAUACCCUUGCCGCAGCAAACCUGUAGACCAAGUGAAUUUCCAUUCACCUGACUGGAUUUCUGAAAUAUUCACUUUAAAUUAUCAAAUUUAUUUCCUAUUAAAAUAACAUUAAUUGUAAUGAUUACUUAGGUUUGCUGCUACAGGGAAGGUAAUGAGAUGUUUUUUAAAUAGAAGUGUUGAAAGCUUAGUAUGAAAUCUUGCAAGGUUUUUAUGAUUCUUAAUGUUACUUUUAAAUACAUAUUAAUUAUCUAUAAAGUUAUGUAGUACUGACUGUACUAUUGGAAAAUUAGGUUUAAGUAUUUAAAUUUAAGUGAAAAGAGAUAUAGCCGUGAUAGUAUUCUGGUUAAAAACAUUAUGUACGUGGCUUCACAGUGAGCAUGCCAAAGCUCCUGGUGGAUGGACAGUUAAUAUUGUAAAUGAAGAAGUUUUCCUUUAGUUUAACUUGAGUAGUCAGAUAUGUUUAGUUAAAUUUGGUGAUUAUAUAAAUAUAUGCAUUUAAUAAAAAUACAUUUAAUUUGCAAACUAUUAUCCGUAAAGUUUUUUUAUUAUUUUGUGUCUUAUAUUCUAAACAUAUUGGAUGUUAAAUUGUAUCAAUCAAUAUGAUGGUACCUGGUUUUAGCCCUUAUUGUUUUGCAAUGUGAAAAAUGGAAUAUAAUUAAGCCUUAGGUCUUAUAUGUAAUUGAAAAAAAAAAAACUAUUUCCUCAUUGUAAAUGUUCCAAACAAGAGUUACAGUAUACUUGGGUGUAAUAAUGUUCUUUUAAUACAGUUUUUUUAACAAGUAGUUUGGUUGUUAGUAUUUAUUUUAUGUUGAAGUAAAUAUAUUCUAAUGAAUAA